GUCAGCCGUUAGAUAACUUAUUAGGCACCCUGUUAAAAUCAGUAGACAUGCUGACGAAAAAUUUGACCUUGUGAACUGUGAUCGGACUCCAGAAGAUUUUCAAUCACAGGCCUUUCCGAAAGCUUUGACAGCCUUCAAGGAGCAUCUGCUUUAGAAUGGGUAAAGCAAUCGAAAUGAAAGACGCAGAUGCAGCACCCAGCGACUCGACAGCAGCACGGACAGAGAAGAAGGAAACUGCUGAGCAACCUCCAUCAGUCAGCGCCCAGCUUGCAACCAAUGUGUCUCUUUUAGAAUCAGCAGUACGUGCUAAGGAGACAAGAUUGCUAGUAGGCAGGCUGUUGAGGCAGACAACAGCAGUGAGAAAACAACUGACCGCAGAAAAUCUGGCAGACUUUGUCAAGAAUGUCCUCCCAAGGGGAUAUCCAGGGACUUCACUUCUGCUGACACAUCUCAACAAGGCCUCUAGCGCGAUGGAGACUGAUGGCACUGAUGCGCCAGCUGAAAGUGCAGCUGCCUCAUCGGCAGUUGGGCUCCUUCCAGAGUUAGAGACAUAUGCCUACCUGCUGGUGGUCACCUUUCUGGUGGACAAGAAGUUGUAUCCAGAGGCAAAGGAGGUUGUGACUGCGGGCAUAUCUAGGGUUGCUGACUUCAACAGGCGCACAUUGGAUGGGCUGGCUGCGCGCUUGUACUUCUACUACUCCCUCGUGCAUGAGCACACAGACACCCUCGCAGACAUACGAAGCCAUUUGCUCGCCCUGCACCGGACGGCUGUGUUGCGGCAUGACGAGUAUGGACAAGAGACGCUGCUCAACCUGCUGCUGCGGAAUUACCUCCACUACAACCUUUACGACCAGGCUGAGAAGCUGCGCAGCAAGGCGCAGCGCCCAGAGGUGUCGCGCAGCACGCAGCAGCUGUGCCGCUACCUAUACUACCUGGGCCGCAUCCGCGCCAUCCAGCUCGACUAUACCGAGGCCAAGGACUGCCUGCAGCAGGCCUCGCGCAAGGCGCCCAGCAGCGCGGUGGGCUUCCGGGUGGAGGUGAGCAAAUGGCUGUCGCUGGUGCGCCUUCUGCUGGGAGAGGUGCCAGAGCACAGCGAGUUCACCGCCGCCGGCCUCGCCAAGCCCCUGGCCCCAUACUUCAGCAUCGCCCAGGCCGUGCGUGCCGGUGAUCUCGUCGCCUUCAGGCAAGUGGCGGAUGCGAAUGCUGCAGUGUUUGCGGCUGACAAGACGCAGAACCUGAUCGUGCGCCUGCAGUACAAUGUCAUCCGCGCCGGGCUGCGCCGCAUCAACCUGGCCUACUCGCGCAUCUCCCUUGCGGACGUCGCCACACGCCUUGGCCUGGCGAGCGUGGAGGACACAGAGUGCAUCGUGGCCAAAGCCAUUCGCGACGGCGGCGUGGAUGCUGUGCUGGACCACGCCAACGGCUGGAUGCUGUCCAAGGAGGUCGUCGACAUCUACGCCACCGCCGAACCCGCCGCUGCCUUCCAUGCGCGUGUCGCCUUCUGCCUGGACAUCCACAAUGAGGCUGUUCGCGCAAUGCGAUUUGAUGCUGCGGCGAACACCAAGAAGCUGGAGACUGCCGAGUCCGCGCGCGAGAGAGUGAUUGCUGAGGAGGAACUGGCCAAGGCCUACGAAGAGGAGGAGGGCAUCUGAGAUUGUUAUCAGCCUCCAAGUUGGCGCUGGAUGUGAUAAUGGAAAUGCUGCUGUUGCGGCAUGCAUGUACGUGUGCCAUGUGGAGAAGUGUGCGGCACCUUGUGAUGACAAUGCAAAACUAGUAGAAGCUCUGCAGAACAAUUGUGAGUCACGCAUAGCCUAUAUUGCAAGACUAUUGUAAACUGAGCUCUAUUUCU